AUGGAGAACACCGACGAGGCAGAGGCUGUGGAGGACCCGACGGGUCAGGAAGAUGAUGCUGAAGAGAAGCCCGGCGAAGAGGCGGCUUCCAGCAGCCGCAGGAGAUGGGCCUUCUUCCGGCGCUCAGACCGCUCCGGAGAGAAUCGCCAGGAGCUCCAAGUGGAGGCGAAGAUGGAAACGGACCCAAUGAAGCGGACGUUGCACUGGGAGUUUUCUGUGGCGGUUUCUGCCCUUCAGUACGUCGGCUCUGAGUCGGACAUCCGUUGCUUUCUCUCUGUGGGCAUGCAGCCCUGCAAGCCACUGGGAAGACCAGUGAAGCUCCUUACUCAAUAUUCUCCAUGCUACAGGCUUGAGAAGGGUGGCAAGCUCGUUUUCGACCAGCCCCGAAUCUUUUACCAGCGCAAGGCCUUCAAAGCGACCCCUCUGGAGUUGGGGAAGUUGGAAUUGAAGAUUGGCAUGUGGAAAGUCUCACGCUGGACCUUCAACUCCUUCUAUGGGGUGGGCAGCAAGACCCUGGAACAGAUCAUGAGCCGGGAGUCCCAGACCUCGAUCCGAGUUAGAGAAGCUUUGACCCAGGCAGACCGGGACGAGAAGAAGAAGAACCGAAGACCCGUUUCGGAUGUUGGCGUGGUCUACGGAGAAUUCAUCCUGGAAGAGCUCUUUGACGUCAAGCUCUUCUUCGAGAACUGGAAGUUCUUCCCGAAACCUGGGGCCAAGCUUGGAGGGAAGAACGAGGAGAAGCAGCUCAAGUUUAUCGUUCCCAAAAACUUCCGCGCAAAUCCGGCCAAGAGCAAAAACUGCCAAACCGCAUCAACGAACUGGCGGGGCGAGGGAUCCGCUCUCGAACCUUACACCUGGAAGCAAGCGGACGUCGCGACGCUCAGGGCGACGAGGAGAAGCUUGCAGCAGAUGUACUUUCUCGCAAAGCUCUAUAGUUCCAAGAAGACGGUUGGUGACAAACAUCCACUUUCAAAGUUCGUCGCCAGCGCAGUCUUCAACUUCCAGUCUGUUUUGGACGUACCCUUCUUUAAAGGGCAACUGAAGCGCCUGUCCCACCAGCUUGAGGAUUUCGACAUGGGAAGAGUUGAAGGCAGUGUGACGUGCAUCUUUUGCCCAGUUGGGCAGAUCAGACCUUCACAGCUGGAGAUGUAUCAGCCGAGAACCUCAAGCUCCGUAGGUCAUCUCAACAGCCAAGAGGUGCACCUCGUCGUGAGAGUUCAAAAGUGCGAAGGCCUGGCAGUGGCGGAUGAUGAAAAAGGCUCCUCCAGCCCCUUCGUCCGCGUCAGUUGGGACAAUAUGAUGCAGACGUCUCCGGUGCUGAAAGACACAAUCCGACCAGCAUUCAAUCACACUUUCUACUUCCCCGUCCGAUUUUUCAACGAACGCGUCACCUCGCGAAGGUACUUGGAGACUGCAUUUCGUCUUGAGAUGAAGGCCAAAGGUGACAUCCAGAUCCAAGCCUGGCACUUUGACGAGGCUUCCUCCACCUCCCUGGGCGUGGCCAGCAUCUCGCUGCUUUCCGUCUUGAGCAGUAAUCACAUGGCCCUGUGCACUUUGCGCGGGCGUGUGCAAGCGGAGAAGGUGCUCGAGGAGGAUAUGGAGGAUGUGCAAGUAAACAAGGAUGUACAGUGGUACGAUCAGGAGCGCCAAGUUCGCUGGUAUGAUGGCUUUCGCACUCCUCUUGUUGGAUGUCAGAUUAUGAAUCACAACGAGGCACUUGUUCACUGCGAAGCAUUUUUUUACCCUGGACUUCCGAGCGACUUCAAACAGCUGGCUGAGCACGUAGAGGAUACAUCUGCCGAAGACACUUUCUGGAGAACCAAAAGGUCGGAAUUCCAAAAGCGAAAUGAAGCAUUCGCAGAAAACUAUGCAGGACCCUUUCCUGACGCAAUUGGUGCUAAGCCUUGUUCAAUCGAGGUGUCCCGCGUCUCAGAAGUACGCACGUUUCCGUGCCUGGGCCUUGACCAGAUGAAUUUGGAACCCAUGCCUUUAAUGUCCUUCUUGUCGGACGUCAUCGUCAGUCAGGAGUACACGAGACCCGCAAAGCUUCUGCACUGGAUCCAUUGCAUUACGUACAGGACGAAUGCGAAGCAAGAGCGGACCGGACUGAUCUGGGAAGACAUGUGGAGAGAUCCGCAGUUCCUGCUCUUCAGCCGUGCAGGCUCUCCGCAGGACCACGCGAUUUUGCUGUGCUCUGUUCUUCGAGGUAUGUCCCGCGAUGCAUUUGUGGUGAAAGGAACUGUCCGGGUGCCGUCAGACUCAGGCAAGUCCCGACUCGUGGAACAUGCCUGGGUCAUGACGCGGGAAGAUGGUGGGUGGGUGACUUUUUGGGAGCCCUCCACUAGAGAGAUGUACCACCUGCCGCAACGCUGGGUAAAGCGGAAGAGUGUGCUUUCAGCCACUGCGAAGAGCGCGGAGGCUUUGGAUUUGGUCCAGAAAGAGGACGAAGACGACAAGGACUUCCUUGUGGCGCAAGACCGCGCCACAGACGAAGUCCAGGACAUAAUGGUUGAAACAGGCGACGUCUCAGAUGUUCCAAGGGUCGGCCGAGCUCCUCGUGCAAAGCAACGUGCCGGAAAUGUUUUGAAGGGCCGCGAUGCGGUGCGCCAUGAAAUGCUAGAAACCCAGCGGCGUUUGCCCAUAGCGCCUCGACCUCAACUGUUGUCCGAGGGCGAGCGAGCGACGCUCGUGGACUGGCUGCCAUAUGAUUCCAUUGAUGUGGUCUUCAACGCAGACCAGCUUUGGGCCAACCAUCAGAAUCACCAUCCAGCCUGCAUCACCUACACUUUCGAGGAUGCAGUACCUGUGAAUGCGCAGGAGAACACGGAGGGCACGUGGGCAGCACUCCUGUCUGAGGAGGAGCGUAAGCAGAUUGCCAUAAAUCCUGUCACUGCCAACGUGCUCAUGGAAGCGCCCAUGAAGCCAGCGCUUGUCCAAAAGCUCAAGGAUCAGCUUGUGGUUGACUCGCAGGAGAAUCUGCGCCUCCUGCGAGGGAGGAAUGGCAGAGAAACCAGCUUUGACCAGCGAAGCGCAUUGCUUCACCAGCUCGACCAUUUCAUCGAAAUCCACGAGACACUGAUGGGCCUGGAUAUUGACUUUUGUCCGCUUUGGACCAAGGAUCGCAGCGAGUGGAAAGAGGAAGAAACCUACCUUGCGAGUCUGCUGGAGACCCGAGCGCAGGAGCCUUGGAACAAGCUCGGGACGCCUUUUCGUCAGCCUGACACGACCGGCCAGUACAGAUACUACUCGGCCAUCCAGGCCAGCGAGGAGAGUGGUUGGAAGGAGGUGCUGGCAAAGAUUGCCGGCUUCGUGCGAAGUAAGUCCAUCUUCCCGACCAUGAAGGGCAAGGUCUUCACAGGCUUUCCUCUUCAUUUCUCUUGUGCAGACAAGGACCUGGUUCGAGACUACAUUAUGGACUCACCCGAGUACCAGGAGCUGAUUCAACUUGGCGACCACGCCAUCUUCACCGUCUACUGUCGCAUCUUUCCCAUGGCGGGAGGAAUCUCUUCCACAUGGUUGUUCUUUGGAACACAACUUCCACUGGAGGCAUAG